UGUGUCAGUCGGUUGCCUCGCCAUCACGUACACAGACCUUCAAUUGGAUGAAACAGACAGUCACAGAUAAUUACAAGGUUCGUUGAAAAACGAAAACAUGAGUUCAAUUUGGUGCUUGUUUUUCACGCACAAAGUCCACCGAUUUAGUUCAAGAAGAUCUUACAACUUUGAGUCAAAGCCUAAGAAAAGAAGAUUUAGCUUCUGGAAGUCAAAGAAAGCCAGUUCGUUCGGAGGAACGCCUUUUAUCACACAGCCGAUGAGUUACGUAGAAAUUCUGUCUCGUAUGGAGGCCUCAUCUCUCGAGGACAUUCUUUCAACCCCAAGCCCCGAGACGAACUCUCCUGCCGAGGAUGACAAUGAGGGGACUAGUUCUUCGUCACGAGGCGCUUUCACGUUCCCGGGAAGUGCGGACGAAAACGACAAUGAGGCCAUUCAGAAGCAAGCAAGCGAAACAGAAGACGAAUCUUCACGUCGCGCAGAACUAGAGGCCCUUGAGGCAUGUUACUGGCUAAAAGCAGCUGGAUUUCCACAAUAUGCACAGGCUUAUGAAGAUGGAAAGUUUCCCAUUGACACAGCAUCUGUCAUUAAAGAACAUCACUUCCUGGAUCAAGAUUCUAUUCAAUCUUUGUACAGGCGUCUUCAAACACUCAAUCGAUGUGCAAAAAUGAACCUCCACAUCAAGAAUGAUGGAGGUUACGAUUCUGAUGAAGAAGACUUGAUUGCAUUAAGUUCACGCUGGAAACUACAAAAUAAGAAUCGACGAUGGUCAAGUCGAAGAAAUGGUUCCCCUUCACUCAGCAAGGGAAAGGGUCCAGCUGGCUUAAGUAGCUCACAUAAUGGAAUAAACUCAUCUUUGAACAGUGUAUCAAACACAAGGCAAAGGUCAUUUCACAAGAAAGGCAAACUUGCACCUGAGCAUUUGUCACCCAUAACACACUUGGAUUUAUGUAUAACACAAGGGAGGAAAAGUGUAUAUGACAAUCUGUCUUCAACAUUAAGUGCCAGUACACCAUCAAUAUCAAAUGUUGGUAAAGACCUCAACAGGAAUGAUCAACUAAGAAACUCAGGCAGAACUCAAAAAAGAAUCCUUACUAGUAGUGAUUUGGGACUUGAAUCUUACAGUGCAUCAUCAAAUGAGGACCUUUCAGACUUUGAACGUGAUGAUGAAAUUGACGACUUGCCUGGGGAUUUGACAAUGUUAAAAUCAAUACGAAAUUCAGAGAGAAAAUGUAACAAUGAUGUGGCUCCAUCGUCAACAGCAACAAGGCCUAAAGUACGAUGGCAUAGCUUUGAAAAGACUUCAAGACCUGAAAUACGUGUCAUGUCUCCAAAGAUCUGUGACCUUACAGCAGGACAGCUAGCCGUUCUUAGAAAAUACUCACUUUUGAAACUAACAGCACUAAUGGAAAGACAUACUCACUCACACAGAGGAAUGUGGAAUUGGUCAUUUCCCCAUUUCUUAAAGAAGCUCAAGUCACCAGAUUAUAGAGACAGGAAUGUGUUUGGCGUUCCCCUCUCAGUUGUACUUCAGCGCUCCGGUCAACCUCUUCCACAAUCUAUUCUCUUUGCAAUCAACUAUCUACAAAGAUCAGCUGUGGAUGCUGUUGGCAUAUUCAGAAAAUCAGGUGGUAAACAGAGAAUAAAUCACCUGAAGGAAAUGAUUGAAGGAGAUCCAGAUAAUACUGACUUUGAGGGCUUGUCACCAUAUGACAUGGCAGACAUGUUGAAGCAGUAUUUUAGAGAACUUCCAGAACCCAUCUUGACAUCUAAACUGGCUGAAACAUUCAUAACAAUUUUCUCAAGCAUUCCCCCUGAAUCAAGAAUGGAAGCAAUGCAGGCUGCCAUUCUCCUCAUGCCUGACCCAAACAGAGAAGCACUCCAGACAUUAUUGUUGUUCUUAAAUGAGGUGGCUGCCAAUUCUGAAACAAAUCAAAUGAAUGAGAAGAAUCUUGGAGUAUGCUUUGCUCCUUCUCUGUUCCACUUGUGCGGUACAAAGGAAGAUCCGUCUUCUCCAAAGCGACAGAAGCGAACACCUAUGAACAAGGCUUCAAAGGAACUCACUGAUAAUCUGGCCGCCCAUGAGUGUUUAGCUAAGAUGAUUACAGAAGUGGAUAAGCUCUUCUCGAUUCCAGAAGACACGGUGAAGAACAGUCGGUUUUCGUAUAUCGAGCAAGGCGAACCUGUUUCUCUAGAAAAACUUGGAAAGAGUAAAUCCAGUCCUGAAAGUGAUUAUCAGACGUACAUCGAAUCUUGUAUCGCUGGAUUACUCAAGGAAGCAAAAGACAAAUUUAAGGGGUGGGUGUCUCACCCGUGGUACGACAGCUCAGUAGAGAUCUCUUACAAGAAAGUGAAAGAUGGCUACCCUCUCCGAUUGUGGAGAUGUGUUGUGGAAGUCAAUGCCAAGCCAGAGGAUAUCAUAAGAAGAAUUCUCUACGAAAGGCAUCUCUGGGACGAAGACUUGGAAACUUGGGAUAUGGUGGAGAAAAUUGACGAUCACACAGAUGUGUUCUUUUACACCACCAAGUCUAUGAUCCUUCAACCAAAACGACAACACGUAGUGCUAAGGGCAUGGACGGACCUCGAUAAGGGAGUUUGUGCACUGGUCUCCACAUCUAUCAAUCAUCCACGGGCCCCUCCUAGCAAUGGAGUACCUUCAAUUGUAUUGGCGUCAAGAUAUCUAGUGGAGCCUCUAGAGAAUGGCAAAUCACGACUAACUUACAUAAGCCGAGUAGACCAGAGGGGUAGAACUCCAGAGUACUACAGCAAAGCCAUCGGACCAUUUUUAGCUUCGUUAGUGGCCAAAGUACGGAACACUUUCCAAUACGGAUCAGAGGGCCCGGAAACCAAAGUAUAGCAAACCUCGUGUCUACCUAAGUACUAAAGGAACGUGGAGUGCCAUUGCCAUAGAUACUACCAACUGUGGCGCAGAAUUUAUGCUCUUGGUGACAGAAGAAUGGAAAAAAAAAAUUGAGUUCGUUGCAAAAUUAUUUCUGUAGUUACCUUGAAGACAUGGGUAAAUGCUUGUAAAGGUUGUAUGUGUGCCUAGCAAGUGUCCCUUGGUUAUCACGCAACACUUUUACCCACGUAACAUUGCGUAGCGUUAUGCCUAAGUCUUCGGACACUUAACAAAGGAUCAUAUCAACGAACAAAAGGACCUAUUCUCUAGGAGAAUAUAAUUGUUUAAAAGAUGUACAGAGUAUUUAAAAGUCCACAUUCGUAAUUCACUCGUGUAUUCGCGUCGAAUCAUUCAGUUCGUCCUCACGAACAUUUUUUAAACGAGAAUACUUUUGAAGCUUUUUUUUAACACUUUUAAGGAAAAAAUUUUCACCAGGAAAAUAAAUGCCUUAUUUAUCACUUUCAUUGUGGCAAAAUAUGCCAAAAUUUGGAGCCAUGAGGAGAAAUAUUUUUAUGCUUCAAGUGAAUGGCUUCGUUUGUUAAUUGAGGUACAAGAGUUUUAUUCGAAUUAACAUUUUUUAGUUAAAUAUCGUCAUCUGAUUAACUUAAUAUUUCAGCUAAAAUGUAAAUUAUGCCACUGCUCUUCCGUUCUUAAUUUAUUAUCCUUUGCAAUGAAUUAUUCACAAAGUUAUAAUAUAUACGACGAAUCAUAACUAUGGUUACCUCAUAAAAUGUCAUUCACUUGAUCAUUCAAAGGAAAAAGGAGCCAAUUCUAUCAAUUUGGUUUCAUAAUAAACGCAAUUUCGAAACCUUUA